AUGGCCGAAAAUUCACUCAACCCCGUUCCUUUCUCCGAGCCGCCCUACCUGCGCGGGCUGCCGAACCCAUACAUCACGCCCGCCCACCUCCGCUUUCAAAAAGCAUGCCGGAAAUUCGCUUGGGAGAACUUGAUUCAGCAUGCAAUGGAAUGGGAGAAGGCUGGAACUGUCCCCGAGCAUGUCUUCCACACUUUCUGCAAAGCCAACAUGCUCUUGCCCAACAUGCCCGCCCCGCUUCCCGUGGACUGGCUCAAGCGGUUGGGAAUCCACGAUAUUCUAGGGGUAAAGGUUGAGGACUGGGACUACACGUAUACUGGCAUCUAUUGCGACGAGCUGGCACGGUCAGGUUUGAGCGGCCCAGGUGGCUCGCUGAAUGCGGGCUUUGCAUUUGGAAUUCCUCCAAUUGUCAAGUUCGGCAGCAAGGACUUGCAGGAGCGAUUCCUCCCCGAUCUUCUUACCGGCAAGAAGCGUGCUUGUAUCGCGAUCACAGAGCCCGAGGCUGGUAGUGACGUUGCGGGUCUUACCACAACUGCGGUCAAGAGCGCCGACGGCAAGCACUACAUUAUCAAUGGGACGAAGAAAUGGAUCACAAACGGCAUCUGGUCAGACUACGCGACCAUGGCCGUCCGAACUGGUGGGAAAGGAGCUGCCGGUCUUUCCGUGCUAGUUGUGCCCCUGAAGAACCACCCCGGUGUCUCAAUGCGCCGACUGAAGGUCUCAGGCCAGAUCACUGGUGGAACGACCUACAUCGAGCUCGACGACGUGAAGGUGCCAGUGUCGAACAUUAUCGGCAAGGAAGGCGAUGGCAUGCGCAUCAUCAUGACCAACUUCAACCACGAGCGGCUCGUCAUUGCCGUCGGCGUUACUCGUUCGGCUCGUGUCGCUUUGUCUGCCGCGUUUUCCUACUGCCUCAAGCGUGAGGCUUUUGGCAAACCCCUUAUGGAUCAACCUGUCGUGCGGCAUAGACUCGCCAAGGCCGGUGCCGAGCUUGAGACCAUGUGGGCCUGGGUUGAGCAGAUUCUCUAUCAGUUGAGUCACAUGAGCAAGGAAGAUGGUGACCGUCAGCUUGGUGGAUUGACUGCUUUGGCGAAGGCCAAGUCGGCAAUGGUCUUGAAUGAGUGCGCUCAGGUUGCUGUCCUGCUGUUUGGUGGCAAUGGCUUCACCCAGACUGGCCAGGGUGAACUCGUUGAAGCAAUUCUCCGUGAUGUCCCGGGCGCUCGCAUUCCGGGUGGCUCAGAAGAUGUCUUGCUCGACUUGUCUGUGCGUCAGUUGGUCAAGAUUUACCAAGCGCAGGAGAAGAAGCUCGCCCAGAGCUCGAAGAUCUGA